AUGGCGCCGUCGACGAAGCGCAGCCGACCGGAGAUCGUGCCGAAUCCCUCCACCGAGCGGGCUCAGCCAGUGACUGCACCUCUGCCGCCGUUGAGCUCCAAAACCGUGCCAAGCUCCAAAGCUGCCCCAGCGCCGCCAGGGGCCCCGAAGCGCCUCAUCAUCACUUGCGAUGGCACAUGGAUGGACUCGCUCGGCGAGAAAGGCGGCGACCCCCAGUCAAACGUGACCCGGAUCUCACGCGUCCUUCGCCGGACAUGCCAGAAUGGCAUGCAUCAGAUCAUCGCCUACAACCCAGGCGUCGGUAGUGGUAAUGCGCUCGACCGUGUCACCGGUGGCAUGCUAGGCGUUGGCCUUGAGCAGGCCAUUCGCGAGGUCUACAAUUUCAUCUGCACCAACUACGUGGAUGGCGAUGAGAUCGUUCUCGUCGGUUUCUCACGCGGCGCUUUCACGGCCCGGUCCGUGGCCGAUAUGGUCGCCUCGAUCGGCCUGUUGACGCCUGCCGGCCUCGACUACUUUUUUGCCAUUUUCGACGAUUACGAGCACAUGGGCAGCUCCAAGCGUGCCCCGGAGGACUUUCUCUGCGACGAUCUGCCUCCUUACGCAGGACAGCUGGGCGAGGACAAGUUGCGCUGGGAAGCCCAUCGUAAAGACAUCUACAGGCGCUGGCUCAAGACGCUUGGCUACACGCGAGACACGCAUGCCGAUGGCAGAACCCUCAUCACGAUCAAGGCCCUCGGCGUCUGGGACACUGUUGGCACUCUCGGCGUCCCUCCUGUACCCAUCAUUGAUACGUGGAAGUUUACCAACACGGAGGUUUCAGAUCGGGUCGAGAAUGCCUUCCAGGCCCUCGCCCUCGACGAGCCGCGGUUUGCCUUUCGACCUGCCCUCUGGGAGCGCGUCCGCGAAAACCGCACCAAUCUGAAGCAGGUCUGGUUCCCUGGUAAUCACGGCGGUGUUGGUGGUGGCUGGCACGAUCAGCAGAUCGCCACCAUCUCGCUGGCCUGGAUGUGUGAUCAGCUGUCGACAGUAGGGAUUGAGUUCAGCCUUCCUCGCAUGACUGAGGUCUUCCUCGAAGGUCUUCGUUACAAUGCCGCCCAUCCUUUCCCCGUCGUUGGUACGACGAGCCCGCUCCCUGCGUGGGCUUCCUUCUUGUGGCAGCAGCAACCCAAACUUCUGCCCUGGGGCGCCCCGGACAUCUGCCGCGCGACACACGUCGUCCGCGACGAGACAGAACACGACGACGCCACAUGCAAGCACCACCGUGCCCGCCCUGAGCAGUACUGGCAGACGGCACGGCCGUGGGCUCUGGGCCAGAUCCGCGCUCCCACGAGCCGUCUGCAGAUGAUGGCUGGUGAGACGGUGCGCAAUCCCGGGCUCUUCAUGCGAGCCGACUGUGACACGAACAAGGACACCGACCAGCCACUUCUCAACACAAACGAGCGGAUCCAUAGCUCGGUCCGUGUACGGCUCGCGUGCGAAGGUCUCGGCCUCGAUGACGGAGAAACCUGGAGGUGCAAGUCACUGAGCGGCGGCUCGCGCAGUGGCCGACAGAUCUGGCGGUUGGCGCACGGGUCCGCCUUUCGGCCGGCGGCAGUGGAUGCCCUACGCAUGUUCCGCCCCAGGGAAGUAGAGCUAGGGUAUCCCGCCGAGUACCUCUACCCCGUCGACGAGCGCGAUGGCCAGUGGCAAUGGGUGUUUGAUCAGGAGGGAGACAUCACGGGCGCUGGGCAUGAACGGGUGCCGCAGGCCCUGGUCCUGCCAGAGGAGCCGAUGGUCGGUUAUUGGGAGAAGUACCUGCUGGCUCUUACCUCGGGCUAUCCUGAUGUUUGGCGGUAUGCCGAGAAGCACCCUCCUUUUGCCUACAACUGA